CUUUGCGCCGCUGACCUCGCGGGGCAGCCAGCAGUACCGCGCCCUCACCGUGCCCGAGCUCACCCAGCAGGUCUUCGACGCCAAGAACAUGAUGGCCGCCUGCGACCCGCGGCACGGCCGCUACCUGACGGUGGCCGCCGUCUUCCGCGGGCGCAUGUCCAUGAAGGAGGUGGACGAGCAGAUGCUGAACGUGCAGAACAAGAACAGCUCCUACUUCGUGGAGUGGAUCCCCAACAACGUGAAGACGGCCGUGUGCGACAUCCCGCCGCGCGGCCUCAAGAUGGCCGUCACCUUCAUCGGCAACAGCACGGCCAUCCAGGAGCUCUUCAAGCGCAUCUCGGAGCAGUUCACGGCCAUGUUCCGGCGCAAGGCCUUCCUGCACUGGUACACGGGCGAGGGCAUGGACGAGAUGGAGUUCACCGAGGCUGAGAGCAACAUGAACGACCUCGUGUCCGAGUACCAGCAGUACCAAGAUGCCACGGCCGAGGAGGAGGAGGAUUUCGGCGAGGAGGCCGAAGAGGAGGCCUGAGGGGUUUCUCCAGAGGUCCUGAUCCUCGGCAGUGUUGCUCCUCCCCUUCCCGGUGUGUUGUCCCAGAGAGGCGUCAACCGGUGGGCGGCGCCUUCGGUGUCAUCAUCAUUGUCCUGCAUCAUCGUCAGUGUUGGCCUUGGUCAUCGGCGGCGGCAGCGGAGUCCCCACCCGACCUUCAGCGUUGCCCUGACGGUCUUCAACCUUCAUCAUCAUCAUCCUGGAAGAGUCCCCAGCCUUCAGCAUUGUCCUCACGGUCCCCAGGCUUCACCAUCAUUGAAGAGUCCCCAAUCUUCAUCAUUGUCAUCCUUGAAGAGUCUCCAAUCUUGAUCAUGGUCAGAGCUCCUAACUUCUGUUCUCAUCUUUAAAGAGUUCCCAAUUUUCAUCAGCACUGAAGAGUUCCCAACCUUCAUCAUCAUCUUUGAAGAGUCCCCAGCCUUCAGCAUUGUCCUCACAGUCCCCAGCCUUCAUCAUGGUCAUUCUUGAAGAGUCUCCAGUCUUCAUCAUCAUUGAAGAGUUUCCAGUCCUGAUCAUGGUCAGAGCUUCCAACUUCCAUCAUUGUUGAAGGAUCCCCAAGGUUCAUCAUUGUCAAGAAGUCCCCAGCCUUCAUCAUCCUUGAAGAGCCCCCAGAGUUCAUCAUGGUCCUUGCAGAGUCUUCGAUCUUCAUCAUCCUCAGCCCUUGGUCUUCAUUGGGGCUGGUCAGUUGGCCUUGCCCUUCAUCAUAAUCAUCUUCAUCAUGGAAGAGCCUCCAACAAGAGUUUUUGACCUUCACUCUCAUCAUGGAAGAAUUGUGGACCUUCAUCAUCAUUGUGGAAGAUUCCUUGACCUUCAUCAGGGUUGGUCUCUUGGCUUUGACCACCAUCAUCCUCAUCAUGGAAGAGCCUCCAAGAGCUCUUGACCUUCAGCCUCAUCCUGGAAGAGUUGCUGACCUCCAUCAUCAUCAUCAUGAUCAUCAUCACCUCUGCCCCUCCCCCGCUGCCACCACGGCCUCCUGUCCCCUCCCCCGCUCCACUCUGGCACCGUUUCCUCCCUUUUUUUUGUCAUUUUUCCCAAAUUUUCUUAAUUUUUCCCAAUUCUUUCUUUUUUUCCCUCCUACUUUUUGUCAUUUUU